GUAAGCGUUUAUAAUUACACCUCUUUCAAUAACUUAGCAAUGGCUAAUUCUAACGAAAUAAUUACUGAUACUUGCACAAAUACCUUUUCAAGGAAUGAAACUGAAAAAACUGAUGAAUCUCUCGACUUUGACGAUUUAUUACCAAUAAUUGGAGAAUUUGGAAAGUAUCAAAAAUUAUUGGUUUUUGGAAUAUGUCUACCUGCCUGCAUACCUUGUGGAUUUUGUGCAUUUAAUCAAAUUUUUAUGGCUAAUGUCCCGGAUGACUACUGGUGUAAUGUUCCGGAACUACUUCAAAUUUCUGUGGAGAAGCGUAAGCUUUUAGCAAUCCCUAAGAACGUGCUUGCGGGAUUUCGCCCUUUUUUCCGGAUUUUAUAACUAAAAAGGGCGAAUGGGAUUUCCUGUCCAAAAACGGAAUUUUUGCAUAGCAUACCGAGAAAUAAAAUUUAGUAAUUGAUAAUUAAGAAAAGACUGCCAUUCUCUGUGGUAAGUUAACGACGUUCAUAUGAACCUUAUGAGCGGACCUUCAUUCACAUGAAAUAAAUUUGGAUGGCUUCUGAACUUGUUUUAAUUGAA